GCGUAAACGGAUAGACAGACAGCAGCGCUACUGAACCGACUGGGCACAGUGUGUGAUCACCACGACCCCUUGUUUCUCUUCGUUAUUCUUCUUCUUUUAAUUAUUUUUAUUUCUAAGCUUCCUAAUCACUAUCGAGGUCGUCUGGGAAUAUUUUUCACCUUUUGCAGCAACAUUUAUUGGAAACCCCAUUUUGUGACCCAGAACACCCGCCGCGGAUCAUAGACUACAGAGAAGCUGAGCUCGCUGCUCUCAAGGACAAACUGACUGAUCAUCUCAUGGAGUUCUCACUGGCUCAUCCCGCAGUGAAGGCGUUCAUGUGCGGCUCUCUGAGCGGGACGUGCUCCACGCUGCUCUUCCAGCCUCUGGACCUGGUGAAGACGCGUCUGCAGACCCUACAGCCCGGGUCAGGUCGGGUCGGUAUGGUCGCAGUCUUUGUUAGCGUCCUGCGGACGGAGAAGCUCCUUGGACUGUGGAGAGGCGUCUCACCUUCAUUUGUGCGCUGUAUUCCAGGAGUCGGGAUCUACUUCAGCACGUAUUUCACGCUAAAGCAGCGGUUUUUCGCCGACGGGGCCCCGGGGCCCCUACAGUCAGUGCUGCUGGGAGCCGGAGCCAGAUGCGUCGCGGGUGUCUGCAUGCUGCCCGUCACCGUUAUCAAAACACGCUUCGAGAGCGGCCGCUAUCAGUACAGCAGUGUGGCAGGAGCGCUGAGGUCCGUGUGCCGGGUGGAGGGACCGAAGGCUCUGUUCUCAGGUCUGACGGCCACUCUGCUCAGAGACGCACCGUUCUCUGGGAUAUACGUCAUGAUCUACAGCCAGGCCAAAUACUCGCUGCCACAAGAGAUCAGUCAGUCAUCUUACGCUCCGCUGGCUAACUUCAGCUGCGGAGUUCUGGCCGGCGUCCUGGCCUCCAUUGUGACCCAGCCGGCAGAUGUGGUGAAAACUCACGUUCAAGUGAGUCCAGACAUCUUCAGGAGGACGUCAGAUGUGGUGCGAUACAUUUACAAGGAUCACGGGUUGGUGGGUUUUUUCCGUGGCGCGGUUCCUCGCUCUCUGAGGAGAACCAUGAUGGCGGCGAUGGCUUGGACGGUGUACGAGCAGCUGAUGGCUCAGAUGGGCCUCAAAUCCUGAGAGCGAUCAAACCACAUCACACACUGAACGAGAUCUUCACUGCGGCUCACGGGCCCGUCUGAUGCUUUAGUGUUUGACUCUGAGAUCCUCGACGGUGAGGAUCAUGUGGGUCGGGAAAUACGGCGAUAGAAAAUGAUCUGUUUGUCUGACUGACUGUGAUCAUCAUGGUUCGGCAAACUGCCUUGAUUUUCAAUGGAGAACUGAAGUGAGAAUCAUCUUGAACACAGAGAUUGAGCUUUGAAACGCACUUUAACAUGUCAGCUCAGCUUGUCUUGUCUGUUUUUGAGUGAAUUAUGCUGCUUAUGUUCUGCUCUUAUAAAGUUUUUAUACAGUUCAUGAGCUGCUUUAGGACAGUCAUAAUCUGUUUACUUUUAUAGUAUUAUGUUGCAGGUUAUGAUUGACAGGUUAACUUGAUAUGUUGUUUAUCGAGUCAAAUUAUUGUUAUUAUUAAAGUCAGCAUGAAAUGGGAGUGGGGAUAGUCUUUUCUUUCCUGUGACGUAUAUCCGAGUGAAACAGCUUCUGGAACAGUGUAGGGCGGGGCUUAAUUUUGUCCAUGGGAAAUUGAUUGGAUCAUUGUAGUUUGCUAUUAGUGGAUCUGGUCUUGACUGACAGGUUGUCCCGCCCUCGUGCCAGUCAUCAGAGAAGAGAAGAGAUGCUGCAAGAUGGAGAACAAGUUAUUUUAACUUAAAUAAUGAUGUUCACAGUUAAAUCAUUUAUAAUAUAUACUGUAAUAUUCCUUUAAAAAUAAGAAUUUUCAAAUUUGAUUUAAUGGUGAAUUUAAACAUUCAGAACUGAGUCCCAUCACAAUCAUUCACAGACAGCUUGUUGUUUUUAAAUCAAGACUGAAAUCUGUUUUAUAACAUUGUGUUUUGUCACAACAUUAGGGCUUUUCACACUUGAGCUAGUUAUUGUAAACUCUGAGUAAAUGGAAUCCUUGGUUAUCCUACUUAUCACAUUGCGCAUGGAUAACCAAUUAGUAUUCAUAAACUGCCGUUUCACAAUGACACUGCAAAUAUGCAAAUAAUAACCUUAACCCAGGGUUUAGGAUUGUACAGUGCAGUAAACCAUGGUUUAAAGUUAUUAUUUUCAUAUUUACGAUGUCAAUGUCAUUGAUUAAGCAGUUCAUUAAGCAGUUUCAUAACCCACUUCUAAAUUGCAAGUAUGAAAGCUCUUCUACCCAGGGUUUAAAGCAGAGUUUAGAACAAUAACCCAGGGUUAAACGCGGUGUGAAAAGCCCUAUUGGGUGUACAUUCAAGAAGCAAUCUUUUGUUUGUGUGUGUUUGUGUGAGAAAAUCAAGCUGUGAUGUAAAUUGAGAUCGUUUUUCCUGCUUGUUCAGUAAUUUUCUAAUAUGAACGAGGGUCAAAAGCAGAAAUAAAGAUUGUCUGAAUGA